AUGGAAGCUUUAUUUGCGCUCCCGUUUACAGUACUCGAAAUUCCUAACAUUAAGAUAAAAAAACCGACAUGGCUGCAACCUCCGUCCGCUAUGACCACAUUCUCAUUGGUGCUAUUAUCAUACUUUUUGGUCACCGGAGGAAUUAUAUACGACGUGAUUGUGGAGCCGCCUAGUGUGGGUUCGACAACCGACGAACAUGGACACAGUAGGCCGGUUGCAUUUAUGCCAAAUCGUGUAAAUGGGCAAUAUAUCAUGGAAGGAUUGGCUUCGAGCUUCCUGUUCUCACUCGGAGGUGUAGGUUUCAUCAUUAUGGAUCGUACACAUAACCCUUCUACACCUAAACUGAACAGAAUCUUACUCAUAUCAGUAGCUUUUCUUUGUAUAAUUGUAUCUUUCUUUACAACUUGGAUAUUUAUGAGAAUGAAAUUGCCAGGAUAUCUCCAGAAUUGA